AUGGUGGUAGUGAGUGAUCGGGAGUCGGACAAACCACAGGCGACAAAAGAUUCAUUAGAAGCAAAUAACCAAAUGGUGUUGGCCUUGCAAGUGGUAGAGAUGGUGUCGAUGGUGAUGUCUGGAUUACUGGUUGGACAGAGGCCGGUGGUAUCUGAGAUUCUGAUUGAACAGUUGCUGGUGGUGACCAAGCAAACCUAUGAGCAACUUGAUUGCAAGUUCUUGCUAUGUGGGUUUCCUCUGAAUAAGUGCCAUCAAGAUGACACAGUUCAUGAUGAAGACAACAUAGAUCAUGAAGAUGAUUACGAAAAGUUUGGUUUGUAUAUAUACCAGCGCUGUGGUCGGGUUUAUCAUCGGCUUUUGGGGCGUUUUCAGCACAUUGAUUCUAAACAGGUCAUGGAGGUACAUGUAUUUCAAUUCUUUGACAAAACUGAAGAUAAGAUAGCACUAUUCAUUGCAUUGCAUUGCAUUGAAAGUAGCUCAUUUGCAAAGAAGAUAUUGAUUGGGAAUGAUGUAUCUAUGCUAGUUAUAUUGUUAUACGAGUACUUGCAAGCAAUAAAUAAAAAAUGUACUUGUAUGCUGCUAACAUAUAUGAUGGUCUCUCAUCUCUCUUCCCUAAAGUACCUCAAUCUUGGAGGUGUGGACCUUAACAGGACAGGAAUAAGGUGGCUACAUGAUGUCAACAUGCUUCCUUCACUUUUAGAGUUGCAUUUGUCUGGUUGCCAUAUUCAAAACCGUAUUCCACACUCCCUGCAAUUUAUUAAUUUCACAUCACUUAUGGUUCUGGACAUGUCAUACAAUUUUAACGGUCAUGUUGAAAGACUUGAAUCUCCCAACUGGCUUUUGAAUAUCACAAACCUCAUGUCUCUGGAACACCUUGAUUUAUCUCAAUGUAAUCUCAGAGGUCGGCUUACAAAAUUUGUCCGCAAUUUGUGCAAGUUAAAAUCGUUGAGUCUUAGAAGCAACGACUUUGAUGCCGCCACGAGUCCAGAAAUUUGGAGUGAUUUCUCAAAUUGCUCAUAUUGUAGAAUGAAGUCGCUAGAUUUUUCCUCGUGUCAGCUCGUAAGUGAAUUACCCGUUUCCGUAGGAAGAUUAAAAGGCCUGCAACAUCUUGACCUCAGCUGGAAUUCUCUUAGUGGCUCAAUUCCGGACUCCAUUGGAAACUUGUCAUCCUUGAAAACCCUAGAUCUCUCUGAAAACCAUUUGAACGGUUCCAUUCCGAAGAGUAUGGGGCAACUAUCUCAGCUAAUUGACCUUCAUUUGUAUGCCGAGCCAAUGUCCGAAGAACACUCUAACAGAUUGCAAGGAGUUUUAUCUGAAGCACAUUUCAUAAACCUCACAAGUUUAGUCAUUCAAAAUAGGCACAGAACAACCUCUGUCUCUCAUUUUCAACAUGUCUUACGACUGGGUUCCUCCUUUCAAGCUCCACACAGUUUACAUCAAACAUUGUCGAGUUGGCCCUUCCUUUCCCUUAUGGCUUCAAUCUCAAACUCAACUGGUCGAUGUCACCCUUCAAAUACCGGAAUCCGGAGCCCAAUACCGGAGGUUUGGUUAAUGCAGAUAUCUCCCCAUGUCCAGCAUUUAGAUUUGUCUUACAACCAAAUCCGGGGAAAGCUUCCGUUCCAAUUCAGGUUUCCACGGCUGACUGAAUUAGAUUUUAGUCACAACCAUUUCGAGGGGACACUAGAGCUCUUGCCUGGUAAUGCACCAGAAUUAACAUACUUGAUUCUUUCUGAUAAUCAUGUGCAAGGUACUAUUCCACCUACUAUACGUGAUAUGCAACAUAUGAGUGUCCUUUCCCUAAGACAUAAUCAGUUAGUUGGAGAAUUUCCUCCAGGGUGGAAUUCAUGGAACAAUUGCUUGGUUGUAGAUGUCUCAUACAACAGUCUGUCUGGUUAUAUACCGAGCAUCCCAGGCUCUCUUGGUAUAUUGAAGAUGAACAACAACAAUUUUGUCGGUGAAAUUCCUUUAUCAUUGCAAAAUUGCUCUUAUCUGACAGACAUUGAUCUUGGGGGAAACAAACUCACCGGAAACCUGCCUAUAUGGAUAGGAUCAAAGCUACUGAAUUUGCGAAUUCUGAAAUUGCCAUCCAACUAUUUAAGCGGACACAUCCCCAGACAAUUGUGCAAUCUUCAGAAGCUUCGGAUCCUUGAUAUUGGACACAACAACUUUUCAGGGACUAUUCCCACUUGUUUGAACAAUCUGACUUCUAUAGUCACUGGUCCCACAAGUUGGGUUGCGAAUCCUUAUUACUAUGAGGAGACAACAAUUAUCUCAAAAGGAAGAGAACUCGAAUAUAGCAUUGCUAAUAAUCAGUGGAUUCUAGCGUAUGUGACAAGCAUUGAUCUUUCAUCAAAUAACUUAGAAGGCGGGAUACCUACAGAAAUAUGCAGUCUCACUGCAUUGAGUACCAUGAACCUCUCAAGGAAUCAACUAUCAGGAAAGAUUCCAUCAGAAAUGGGAAACUUAACCCAGUUGGAAUCUCUUGAUCUCUCAAACAACCAUCUUUCUGGUGCUAUUCCGCAGAGCAUAUCUUCUUUGAACUUCCUGUCUCACUUGAAUUUGUCAAGCAACAACUUGAGCGGGAGAAUUCCAUCAGGCAACCAACUACAAACACUCGAUGAUCCAUCUAUUUAUGGAGGCAAUGCCUUGCUAUGUGGGUUCCCUCCGAAUAAGUGCCCUCAAGUUGACACGGUUCAUGAAGAAGACAGCAGAGAGCAUGAAGAUAAUGAAAAGUUUGAUCCUCUGUCUCUCUCCGUGCUAUUUGUAGCUGUGGUGGUUACUCUGCUGGCCUCUGCAGAUUUGGGCUAUUACUCGGCUUAA